AUGUCCGGAUACUUCCAAUACAAAAACACGUCGGAAGUACGCGUUUAUCGGGCCGGUCUCUACAAACGAUCGCCUUAUCGGACCUCGCCCUUAAUCGCCGUGGCCAUGUUUCUUGCACUUCUCGAUGUGGCGGCUACCGCACUACACCCAAGCGGAAAUCUAAAUGCUACUUCACUUCGACAAACCUGGUCACACGCUGGGCACGACUUCAAAAGCGACCGGCGACCCGAUGCCAUCAUUUCAGCCGACCCUGCCGUGUCAUCAUCGUCGUCGGCUGCAGAAUUACAUACCGACACCCACUCGGUCACGGAGAAACCUACUUCUAAUCAUUCGCCUUCGUUUUCAAAUACGUCGACACUUCGAAGACGGACCACGUGGGCAACAGCUGAAAGCCACCCGAAAACGCCGAUAAAGGGCGAAAACAACCAAACGAACGUCACGAAUGCCGAUCCGGAGCGAAUUACUGCGUCAACGGUUCAAAAGACAACGACAUUGUCGAGGGUAGCCGUAGAAUUCGGUGACCCCGAUUUGGAAGACAAGAAAAAUCCUCAACCGACGCCUGUGACCGCUUCACCCGUGGCGAUCGGCGACACAUCAGUAACUUUAUUAUCAAACCCGGGCGAGAAGACUGAUCCUCGCAAAAUACAGCAUCACUUAUACAGUGUCCGCAAACAUGUUCAGCAUUUUCCGACCAAACUUCAAAGACCAGAUCGCCGUCAUGGUGAAGAAGGUAAUAGCGGUUUCAAAGAGCAGGAAGAAUCAGCACAGAUCCGAUUGGAUCACCAUGAACUUCUCAUGCAGCAAGAAUUACAACAGCAGCAAAAGUUAAUUCAGGAUCAAGUAUGGCGACAUAGCCAUCUUGACUGGGUCAACCCACCUCAAGACGGUCAGUUUCAUUCUAUUGAUGAACAAAAUCAACAGACUGAGGAUCACAAAACGAGGGUUAAAUCAUUUCUGGAAAGUAAUGAAUCGAUUAUAACGAAAUUAAAAUUGGUAACUACUACGGCGGCGGUGUCUUCAAAUGCCUCAGCGCCAAACAAUGUAUCAUCCCCGCUGCUAUCUAUCUCACCCAAGUCUUUGUCUCCGGGCAAGGCAGAAUCAAGUAACGAGACGGUGAAAGUCGGGUCUACGUCUGGCCCGAUGCAACCACCUUCAGCCUCUGUUGUAGCCCUAUACAACUCAUCUGCACCGUCUUCGGAGGCGCCGUGGGUUAUUGUACCACCGGCUCCGUCUUUGACGGAUCCGGCCUGUAAUGUCUGCUCUUGUCCUCGCCAAGGUGGAAUUUACUUGCUCGACUGCACGCCGCAGCUGCGUGUGAAGGACGACUGCGGCUGUUGUACGGUUUGCUUGCGCGCCGUGCACCAGCCCUGUGGGGGAAUCUACCAGGGUUUUGGCAAAUGUGCAGCCGAUUUGGAGUGUGUUCCUUUGGACAGUGCCGGUUACCAGUCAACGCGAUACGAUCUGCAGGAAACUCACGGCGACUCCCAAGAUGCUAUGAAAGGGACAUGUCAACCGAAAGUACGCAUGCGCACAACAAUGAUUAAAGGCAGAUUCUUUCGCUUGACGUAG